AUGCGAAAUACAUUCAUACAUCGCUAUUAUCUAAAUCAUCAUGAAAAAUAUUUAUCAUCAGUAGCCAAUAUUCCUAUUCUAGUUUGUCUGUAAUCAAGGCUAACCCAUCAUAUUCUAUUUAUAGGAUUUCAGUACAGAAUCAACGUUCCGAUUACGCGCCAACCAGGUCAAGUCGACAUUUUUAUUUUUAGAACAGGGCAACGACCGUCAACAGAAGGAACGUUAACGGAGAAGGUUGACUUGAUGCUGAUUACUUCCUGUUAAUACACAGAGAGCAUUUUAAUUAUUCAUUCCAAUACAUAAUAGUAACCAAUUCGUCACAACUCGGCUGAUUCUAAAGUAACGGACUGUCCCGAGGAUUGCCGAUUGAAUAGUAACCUAUAAUUCUUGAUAUGAAGGAUAAGAAUGACUGAAAACGAGGGUCUAGUUGUACAGAAAUUAUUAGAAGGGUCUCAUAUCAAUGCGCAUGGAGGGCGUGAAAUAGUCAAUGCGGAUGUAGGUAGUGAAAUAGCCAAUGCGCAUGUAGGCGGUGAAAUAGCCAAUGCAGCAAAAACUGAUGUCAAAGGGUCAUGUACCAAUGAAGACAAAACCUCUGAUCUCAAUAAAGACUUGAAGGUGAAGGAUUCAAUGCAUGCUCAGCAGCAAGUGUUAGACACUGGUAUUAAAUCAUUAACAUUUAACUCGGAAGUCAUUGAUGAUUGUUCAAUAGCGACGAGAGACAAUGCUAACAUAAAUGAUUGGAAAGGUUUCCAGGACGGAGACAGAUCCGAAAAAAAUAUAGAAAACACUGAUUCAUGUGAAAGUGAGACGACUUCUUUGUGCGGAAGCACUUCCGGAAAAAGCAUCGGAAGUAGUAAUUUGUCAGAAAAGGAUGACAUAGUAAUAAUUUCAGCAGACGAUACUCUAAAUAGGACAGGUUCAUUGACUGGAAAAGACAUUGAAUCAAAAACAUUUCCUCCCCGGCCUUCAAAGAAUGCUAAAAGAGUUAAGAAGAUCUACCCUGAUGGACAUAUACUCUGUAAAAUAUGUGGUGACAAAGCUUCCGGUUUCCAUUAUGGAGUCUUUUCAUGUGAAGGAUGCAAGGGGUUCUUCAGAAGGACAGUCCGCCAGAAGUUAACGUAUAAACCAUGUGCCAAUGGUGAUAAGAAAGGAUGUCUUAUCAUGAGGAUUAGCCGAAACCGAUGUCAGUACUACCGUAUGAAGAAAUGUUUCGAUGCAGGAAUGUCACACGAAGCUGUUAGAUUGGGAAGAUGUCCAAAGAAAGAUAAGCCGUCCAGAUUUAACUUAUUUAAAAUUUCAUCAAACGAGAAUCAUGACAGAAUUGAUAUCGAUAAGCAGAUAAAGACAGAGGAAUUGAUUUUAAAAAUUCAUGAUAGUUUUAUGGCAGCAAACAAAGAGUUUCACGCAUUGACAUGUCGUUACCAGCAGUCAAAGGUUCUGGAGGUCAAAUGCGAGAACGAUACCAAGAUUUUGUGUUCUAGAUACUUGCCAGCCAUUGUCCACUUCAGAACGUUAUUUGCGCGAGAUUUGACUCCAUUUAAAAAAAUAGAUGUGCAUAGUCAGCGAAAUCUUGUGAAAGAGAGAUUAUUGGAAAUCGCUGUCAUUCAUUCGAUAUAUUGGAACGAUGAAACUACUUUCGGUAAAAUAUUGGACCGUUUUGGAUACAUCGUAGAUAUUCUGAAUUGCGAACAGUAUGGUAUUUUUGGUCAAUUUCUACUAGAUAUGUUCUACUCAGUUCAAAAAUUAAAAAAGUUGGAAUUGACUGACGUUGAAUUGUCUGUGAUGGCUGCCAUGGUGUUGUUUUCACCAGAUCGACCUGGACUGGAUAUUUAUAAGAACACAUUCCUACUGGAACAAAUGGAAGAUAUUUUGUGUCUUGCGUUAAAAAGUCAAUUUGCUCAAAAUCAUGAUAACUGUGAACAACUUUUUACAAAAAUUGUUGAAGUUCUAAUAAACUUACGGACUAUUUAUGGGGUGUAUUUAGAAAUAAUUCUCAACUCACAAAUAGACAUUGUCGACGUGUCAUAAACUAAGCGCAAGAAUCAAUGUAUGAUAUACGAAUGUAGAGAUUAAAUAUUUCCGAAAGUCAGGAUGCACAAAACAAUUCAAACUUCCGGUAGUAUAAAUGAACAAUUCAUUUAUAUUUCAUUGUUUUUGCGCAUUUUAUUUAUUUAUUUAUCGAGACACUACACUUACGAUAAUACGGAAGUUCCGAGAUAGUUUCUCCGGGUCCGAUCUCGUUUUAUAUACAAAAGUCACAUGCUUACAAUGUAUUUCAAACAUUUAUCUUUCGAUGAGACAAACGAGGCAAAUACCAAGGAAAUUCCAUGCUGUACAAAUGUGUAGCCACCAAUUGCAACGGGCGCAGGACAUUUGAGCGAAAAAUUUUGAACUAUUAGCGGACAUUUGAGCGCCGACAUUAGAGCCCAUUUUUACGCCGGAUAAAUCCGUUCAACUGUAUUUUCGAUAGCCAAUUUUAGCGAAAACGUGGUUGAAUAAUACUCACUAAGCUUUGGGCGGAAGUUCAUAGUAAUUCACACUAACAAAUAAGAGUUCAGAGCCGUUCGUUGCCCAUUGUAAUGAGCAAUGUAAUAUAGUUGUCACCCAGACAUUAGCAUUUUUCUUGAUUCUAUUAUCAAAUUGCAAACAACAACAUAUAUAAAAAUACGAAGUAUAGACGAAUGUGCACCAAAAUAUAGACAAGAUAAAGAGAAAGAACAGUUCCUAACGUAAUUCAACAGUAUUGUACAUUGGGUUUAUCCAGAGCCCAUUACAUACGUUCUCUAGGAAAUAAAUUCCAGGCUAGAACGAACUUUUAAAAUUUGAUUAAAUCUUGUAGACAUUUAGUGCUGUAUUGUAAUGGACAUAAUAUGUUUUCUAUUGUGCUGUUUUGGGUAUUGAAAGGUUUUUUUCUAUAUUAUGCAUUUGUGUAUAUUAUAAUGGGUUAAAAAUAUAUUGCUAAAAUGGGCAUUGACAAUUUCAAUUUUCGCUAAAAUGGGUUAAAAAUCAGGCACUACUUUGGCGCUAAAACGUCCGAUAAUUUUCGCUAAAAUGUCCUCCGCCGAUUGAAACAGCCACUUUCUCGUAAUUCCCAUAUGCUCGUUGACAUUUGCUCAUGAUAUCAGAUUGUAUGCUUUUAUAAAUGUUUGAUGCUUAUCAAGUUAAAUAAUAUGAUCAUAUGAAAUUAUUAUUAUUUUAUAGUGUUUUACAAACCUGUAUAUAUAUUGCUACGUUUAAUAUGAACAAUUAUGAUAGUAUGUGUAUCUCCAAGUGACGAGGGCCUCAAAAUGUUGUUACCUAUAGACAUAAAUAAAUUGAUUCAAAUUUGUCA